AUCACCUCCCAGACACAUCAGCUGCUCAGGGCAUCACUUCAGUGUUGGGCAGAGGUGUCAACUGUUGGCUUUUCCAAGGGUAGGGACUAAGGCACAUUCUGUGUUACCUACCUGUGAUGGAAGUGGGAGAACUCCUUGUGAGAAGUGAAAUCUGAGUGUAGGACUCCUCGCUUAUGAAUACAGCUUCUCAUCACUGGAGGCUGAGAUUCAGGAAGCUCACGAAAGCACUCGAGUACUUGCAUAUGCCUAUACUAACUUGUAUUAUUCCUACAGCCUCUUGUCCAAACCUGAUGAUAAGUAGAAGUGAGGCCCAUGAAGAGAAGCAUGGGGAUGUGGUGCCUGCUGCCCUUCAGCAUGGUGGGACUCACUGCUCCUUACUGCCAGCAUCAGCAGGAGAUGGCUGCUCCGACAACACAGCACUCCAGGGCUGGUGGAGCAGUCUGCAGGUCCAGAUGGCAUCCUGUUCCUGUGCCCUCAGAACCAGUCUCACAUCUGCUUCUCCUCUGCCUUGUUCAGCAGGCUCCUCUUCCAAGGCCAAGCACUCCAGCCUCCUCUCCCUCUUCUCACCACCAUCACGGAUCUCUGAGCCUGAUUACAGCUCUCUGCCUUGUGCUGGCUCCAAGAAAUCUAGCAGAGGGAGCUGGAAGAAGAGCUCUCAUUGCAAAGAGCCCCCUGGUCCCAAAUCAGAAGAAUCUGCACAUUUCCCCUUCACAGGACCCAUAAUUGCUCAGAUAACUGACUACAUCUACCUGGGGAACCUCAAUGCAGCCUACAGCGGCCGGGCGCUGUGCACAAAUGGCAUCGACAGCAUCAUUGACAUGAGCAGCCUGCCCAAUGACCACAGCCUGAGCAUCGUCCCCUGCACCUGUGGGAGGGGAGGAUUCAGGCACAACUGGUCACGCCUCAGAGUUGACAUUCAGGGUUUCCUGCAUGGAAAUCUUCAUGAAAUAAGGCAGCCAUGCUUCCUGGUCAUCAACGAGUGCAUCGAAGCCUUGAUGGAGAAAGGGAAGCGUGUUCUCAUUCACUGCAGGGAUGGUUACUCCUUAGGCCCGACCUGUGUCAUCCAAUACCUGAUGGUCAAGCACAGCAUGAGACUGCUAGCAGCCUAUGAACUUGUGAGGGCACGGUACCCACUGAAAAUCCAAGAGGGCCAUCAGGACCUACUGGUGGAUUUGGAGAUGUCCCUGCAGCCUGGUGGUGUCAACGUAGCAUGCCUGAAGCACUCCCUGUCAAGAAAGAUGGCAUGGAGCUAAACAGGCAUAGUGGCUGAAGAAGAAAAGCCAAAAGGAAAAUAGCCUUAACUCCAUCUCAUGGGUAAAUGAGAUGACUGUCAGUGUGGGGUCUGUAGGACAGUGCUGACAAGAUGCAUAGGUGAUGGCCUUUCUUUGCAGCAGUUCUUACAGACGGGUACUGGCAGAAGUACAGCUCUUAGGGACACACUAGAGGGAAAGGGAGAAAGUCUCAUUUAUGCAGAGGCUGAAAGUUUUUUAGUCGUAAUGUAAGGAAAUCCCCUGUGCUCCAGGUUGAAGAAAACUUUUCUUGGGAACUUUUGUUCCUUAGGGUGCAAGUACAGGUCACCUCCAUGUCAGGGGAUUAGAACUGCACGAUCUUUUAAGGUCCCUUCUAACCCAAGCCAUUUUGUGAUUCUAUGUGUCUCAGUCUCAUGUUCUUUUUGAGAAGGAGAAGCCAACCACUGGAUUGCUCAGUUGUUCUGCCUGAGCUUUCACUGUGAGCACAGUUGCUGUUGGGCUGCUGGGCUUGGUUUUUUUUUUUU